CAGUAAUGAAUAAAACAGCAUGUAAUUUGAAAGAGUUUAUAUAAAUAUAACACAGAUACUUUGAAAUAAAUAAAAUGGCCAUUCGUUUGCUCCGUGUUGGAGCUUUGCGUCAGUUCUGGUAUACGAGCAAUAAGGUGUCGCAGGAAUUUCGUCACAAUGAGUGCCUUAAAUUAAAAUACAGUAUUUACAGUUUGUUUGAAGAGUCAAAGUGUGUCCGUAAACUGCAUAUUAAAACAUAUGAUAAAGAUGCCGGUUUGGAAGAGCAACGACAAGCUAACAAGGAACAACAGACUCUUCCAGACCAUAAGCCAUUUCGAAAUGAGAAUUCGUCGAAAGAAGAUAAUCUAAAUAGUCAUUUAGACCAUUUUGUGGAAAAAUUGAACGACGCUGAUAUAUUUGGUAACAAUCAAACAUCUGAGAUCAAAGAAGAUGCUGGAGAUGUUAUGGAAGAUGAAUAUACAAAUAAUCCUAAAAGCAGAGCAUUGCGAACAAUUGAUUACGCACGUCUUAUAAAAUCCCAUCUAGCCGAGAAACGACUAAAAGAUGCAAUUGCGGUACUCGAGGUACAAAUGUUAAAGCAAGAUCGCGCCAAACCUGAUGCAUACAUAUAUAAUUUACUAAUAAGCGGAUGUGCAAAGGCAGGUUACACGCGUAAAGCAUUUAAUUUAUUUACUAAAAUGCGGCAAAGGGGAUUAAAAGUGAAAGGCGGUACGUAUACGUCACUUUUUAAUGCUUGUGCGAAUGCUCCAUCUACGGUCUACGGCAUUGAACAGGCUAAUAGAUUACGUGAAAUAAUGAUAGAGAAGGGUUAUGAACCAAAUGUAAAAAAUUAUAAUGCAAUGAUUAAAGCUUUUGGACGAUGUGGUGACGUAAAGACGGCAUAUUUACUUGCGGAUGAGUUAAUGGAGAAACAAUUGCCUUUGAAUGUUGAAACAUUUAAUUUCUUGUUGCAAGCCUGCGCAAGCGAUGUAGAAUAUGGAUUCCGUCAUUGUCUUCUUACUUGGCACAAAAUGAUGCAGUAUGAACUAAAACCCGAUUAUUACACUUUCAACACUGUUUUACGUUGUGCGAGAGAUUGUGGAUUUGGUGACUUGAAUACUAUGGAAAAAGUAUUACAUCAAAUAUGUGCAGAACGUGAAGAAUUUCUAGCUACGGCUACAUCUAUAGAAAAAGAGACAUCACUCUCUAAAGAAGUAUCAUCAUCUAACGCUCUAGAUGUGAAUAAGCAAUCCCAAGUUAUAGAAAUUAGAAAUAAUGCAGAACAGUUAGAAAUGCCUAACCUGUUGGCAGCACAACCUCAUCUCGGCAGCCUGGUUUCGUUAGCGGAAGUUUCCCGUCCUCACGAACGUUUUUUACUUUUGGGCGGCUUGUCGGGCUUUUUGAAUCUUAUGAAAGAAUGUAAAAUUACGCCUGAUAUUGAAACUUUUACAACAUUAUUGGAGGUCAUACCGCCAACAUAUGCAGCCGAAAAACAGUUGUUAACAUACGUGCGAAAAAUUGGUCUAAAAGCAGACAUUGACUUUUUUAAUAUUCUAAUAAAAAAACGUUCUAUGCGUUUCGACUACGAAGGAGCGAAAGAAGUGAUAUCAAUGAUACGGACAGCCGGUUUAGAGCCUGAUAUUAUUACCUAUGGUGUGUUAGCGUUAGGAUGUCAAACGGAAGUGGAAUCCCGAGAAUUAUUGCAACAGAUGAAAGAAAACGGCAUACGCAUGAACAUACAAAUUUUGGGUGCAAUGUUGCGACAAGGAACUGGUAACAGAAAUUUCCCAUAUGUCAUUGAAAUUUUACAAAUAAGUUUGGAUGAAAAUAUCAAACCAAACGAGGUUUUUCUCAAACAUCUUCACAAUUUUUACGAUAGAUGUGCGCGCACGAUUGAUGCAAGGUACCCUUCAACAAAAACGAAGUCAUUUAGAAGGGGACACGAAAAAUUUUGUGCUAAACUGCGCCUCUACUAUGAAGAACAGGGAAUUGCUGGCUUGAAAUUAGAGGAUGCAAUCAAAAAAAUUCGUGAACAUCCAUAUCAACAGUAUAAGGACGAUGACUCUGAAGGCGUUGAGCCAUUAAAAAAUCAGAAGCUUUCAAAACAACAAAAAGUUCGAAAGUAUAUAAAAAAGAUUAAAGUUGAAAACUUACGCGAUGAUUUACAGAAUUCUUUACCCAACGAAAAAAACGCACAACAGCGGAUAGAAUAGUCGAAUAUGCACUAUGUUCUGUAUUUUGUUGUGUAAAUUAGGAUCUAGUCACAAUUAAGCUUAUCGUAAUAAAAAAAAUGAAAUGAAUCUUUUCA